CCCUCCUGUCUCGCUUUGGCCCUGUUUCAAAUAGUGUCCUCGUGUAGUUUCAAGAUGGCCGCGCCGCAUGGCGAAAGGCAGAGGAAUUUAAACGCCGGUUUCACGGAAUUCACGAAAUUAGCGACAUUUCAAGACACUCAGGGUUCAUUUGAAAAAAGCCAUGAUCCAGGAUGUGGGCAAGAUGUUGCCAGUACCUCAGACAGCCUCCAUGGCAGCCUGGACCCUUCCAUUUUAUCCCUCAUAGAGGACACCUCUACCACUGGAGAGGCGAAGAGCCGUAUAGAUGAUGAAAGUGAGGCGACUCUGCUGUCUGCUCUCUCUGAGAUCUUGGACAGUGUCAUUGAAGAAACACUGUCUCCUUUUGACAUGCUUCCUGACUCUGAUAUUCUUAGAGGUCAAAGAGGUCAAGACUCCAAGUUCAAAAAGUUGCACAGUCUGGCUGUCCCUCCCUCGGACAGAGCAGCAGCUGUUCGAGCCACCAGGUCCCAGCGCUCUUUACUCUCGAACUCAAAAGCCGAGGGCCUGCUGUCCGACAGGCAGCUGAGGCCGAGGCCCCGACGGCGGACCCAGAUGACAACAGUGCAGCGAAGCGAUGGUGAGGAGGAGGACCUGAGUGAGACCAGACGGCCCUUGGUGAGAACUUUCCGGAUCGAGUCUGACCCAGCGUUGUAUCACGACGAGCAUCAGGAUGGAAAUGUGUCGGUGUGGCUGGUGGACCUGGUCCGCCACAUGCAUCCGUACAGCCUCCGUAUGGGGCUGGAUCAGGAGAAGAAGCGCACGGAGGAGUUCCCGGAGGAGGACAUGUUUGUGGAUGUUGUGGGUGAUGAUGAUGAGGUGGGGGAGAACCUUCUGGGUGUAUCUGGGGUCAGCCCCCUCGCACACUCUGAGGUGGGUCAGGAUGUGGAAUCCUCUGUGGAGAAGCCAGAGGAGGAGACGCUGAAAAUGUGCUCUUCUGUUAGCGGUGAACAGAAUAAAAAUGAUGACACUAAGAAACCUCAUAAAAGUGUUUUAGCCAAGAUGGGCAAUACUGGAAGAAUAAAGAAAAAAGUACGAUUUGCUCCUGAUAUAUCAUCGAUUCAUGAGUACCAGCUUGAUGACGAGGCGUGUGCAUGUGACCUGAAAUAUGGCCUAUCCUCAGAAGCUUGCGAAGGCGAUGUUAAAAUAGCAGGUGCCGGAUCUGCAGGAUCAAGUGAGCAGAUCGAGGCAUCUGAAAUGUUGCCUUCACAGCAUGGCAACACAAAACCCAGAUCCAUCAGUCUGCAGGAGUACCGUCUCCUCAAACGCAAGACUCUCCCGGAGGAAGAGAGGAAGUGGGACCACAGAACCAAGUGGCCACCUGUGCCAGAGAUUCCUGGAGAUCUCCUGCCUAUUCCUUGUAUACCAGGUUACAACCCACCUCUGCGGCACUUAAAACCCUCACCUGCUAAUGCCAAGCUCUCUGUUCCUUACUCUGUGACCAGGCCCAAAAGGAAAACUCAUCUGCCCCUUACAUCAGCCCCAAAUCAGAAGGCUUUGGGCCCCGUGUCUGUCCAUGCUGUUGACCCACCGAACCCUGUCACUCUACCCCUUUUGUCUCCGGAGCCUGUUCAUGCCAAGACCUCCUCUUUGUCUGAAAAAAGGAAUGCUUUGCAGCAACAAACUGGCACGAAUUACCCGCAUGGCAAGCACCCCAUAUGUCUGAGCCCUCAACCACAACCUGCAGCCCAGCAAGCCUCUAGCAGUCUGGAACGACGCAGUUCUCUCAUCCAAGAGCCCCAGUCGUACGUUUCCUGUGUAGGUGCCAUCUUUGCUGAGGUUAAGGAGGAAGAGUGCUCCCCCACUGUUGCUGGCACCAGAAAAGCUAACGUCAGUGCUCCAUCCUCACCCAUGAGGGCCACGCCGGUAGUGGCGUCUAGGAGAAGACCUCCUCUGGUGAAGCUGCCCGCGACUGCCGGAGGUCACCAGCGUGGAGAAGAACCAAGCAAGGAAUCUUCAAAUGAAAUGGGAAUACAAGCUGCUGAUGUAACCAGUCUCUUGGAGCAAUUUGAGACCCAAGGACUCACCCCCCCAGCCACUCCUCCCCAUCACAUUUGGAAUCCCUUAGUUCCUGGUCAAAGGGCAAAGCCACACAAAGGUAUGAAACCGUCUUCCGGCAAAGCCAUCCAGAUCAUCGAGCCCCGCCCGCUGCCCCGUAGCAAGGUUCACUUCAAGCUCCGAGCACCCUCCUUCAUCCCCGCCCCAAGCCUGUCCCUAGCAUUUAUGGACCAUGACUACUGUGGAACUCAGGAGUUCAUUCACGGUCAUAAGAAGGCACGUCCUGGCAUGCACAUGCACGAGACGCCUCCUAACCAGCCAAGGAAACAUUUGAGCCAUAAGCCCCUGGAUCAUAGGACUUUGUGCGAGGCAGAGCAUCUCUCGGACUCGGUGUUGCUGUCUCCAGAGAGUUCCCCCUGCAGGCUGGAGGGCCACAGUGCAGGCAGACUGGAAGAAGCAGGGACCGUGAGGCCUUCACGACGCUCCUCCCCAGCCAGGGGGAGGACAAGACGGAGGCUUUACCGAAGGAGGUAUCAUUCUGACUCGAGUUCAGGGUCAUCCUCCUGUUCCUCUUCGUGUUCUUCCUCAGGCUCUUCUUCAUCACGUUCACCGCCAAGGAAGAGGCCAAGGCCCUCCAGGAGCAGCUCCAGCUCCUCGUCCCGCUCCAGUUCUCGCUCCUUGUCCCCUUCACCGAUCCGUAAGCCCCGCCACCGAUCGCCACCAGGCUCCGUCAGCCAUUCCUGCUCUCCGCAGCCAGACCGGAACCAGAAAUGGAUCAGGCAGAGGAGGCAGAGAGAACACUACCACCUAAGCAGAUGGGAGGAGGAUAGGAAGAUGCGCAAGAAGGCGGCCAUCGAGGAGCGCAGGGUUGUCUAUGUGGGACGAAUACGUGGAACCAUGACCCAGGCCGAGCUCAGAGAUCGUUUUGCGCUGUUUGGGAAGAUUGAGGACUGCACUGUCCACUUCAGGAACCAUGGAGACCACUAUGGGUUUAUCACCUAUUACAACACAGGCGAUGCAUUCACUGCCAUAGAGAACGGAGCUAAGCUCCGGCAGCCGGACGAGCUGCCCUUUGACAUCUGCUUUGGUGGGAGGCGACAGUUCUGCCAGUCAAGCUAUGCCGAUUUAGACUCCAACCGGGAUAUUGACCGAGCUCCACUAAAGAGCAGGUGUGGGGAGCUCGACUUUGACGCUCUGCUGAAGCAGGCUCAGCGCAAGGUGAAGAGGUAGCAGAGAGUGGCCUUCAGGAGGGAAGAGCGCUCCCCCAAAGGAAAAAGAGGAAAUGUGGCGUGUAGUGGAGACCAAGUAUUACCUCAGAACUCCCAAAGAGCUUGCACUUUUCUGGCAUUAAAUAAAAUUUCAUGUAGUUCUGUUUUGGGUAAAGCCUUCUAUUGAAGUGAAAUUUAAUAAAGAUGCAAAACUUUGGAAGCAUUUAAAAACUGAAGAGCACUAAGGGAUUAAUAAAAAAAAAAAAAAAAAAAGUUUUGUUAUAUUACAUUUUUGCUGUAUGUUUGAAAUGUAUACAGUUGUUUGCUUGUAAUCAUUUGGAAACUACUUUUUCCCCCCUCCUAAUCUGGAAUGGAAAUGUUUUGUCAAGGAUUAAAGAACAUUUAAAGAUGA